AGCAUUUGAGAUUGGGUAUUUGUACUUGGAACCGGGUAGAGAGGAUUAGAACACGCGAAGAUGGAGUCACGAGCUCAAUGGAACCCGCUUCUAUCAUUUUCUACCUUCAUCCACCAACACUGCCUCCACCUCGCAACUCGUUUCGACGAAACCAAGCGACUCGCCGGAACCCUAGUUCAAUCUCACGUCAACCCCUUCUUCCGCGCCAAACACGCCCUUGCCGCCACAUUAACCUCCCACCACGUCGCCAAGUCCCUCGCCGGCACCGCCGUCUACACCGUCAGCAACUCCAACAACGAGUUCGUUCUUAUCUCUGAUGCCGACGCUGCUAAGUCCAUUGGAUUGCUUUGCUUUCGCCAGGAAGACGCUGAAGCCUUCCUUGCUCAAGUUCGAUCGCGGAAACGAGAACUUCGAGGCAAUGCUAGGGUUGUCCCCAUCACUCUUGACCAGGUGUACAUGUUGAAGGUUGAAGGUAUUGCAUUUCGAUUUUUACCUGAUCCUAUACAAAUAAAGAAUGCUAUGGAGCUCAGACCAGCCAAUAAGGAAGGUUUUGAUGGGGUUCCUGUUUUUCAGUCAGACCUUUUGGUUGUGAAGAGGAAGAAUAAGCGUUAUUGCCCUGUAUAUUUCUCUAAGGAAGAUAUUGAGCAGGAACUGUCCAAGGUUUCUAGAGCAUCUAAAGGAGCUGGACUUUCUCAGCAUAUAAUGGUUGGCAGCUUUGAAGAUGUACUGAGAAAAAUGGAGAUGAGUGAAGGGAAUUCAGGGUGGGAGGAUUUGAUUUUUAUUCCACCAGGAAAAAGUCAUUCUCAACACAUACAAGAGAUUAAUGCUUGAUUACCAGAGUUCAAACUUAAGCUAACCGUAAUUUUAUGGGGUUUUCAUGAGCAAAUUGGAUAUUGUUGUUCUCACAUUCUACUACUAGUCAGCUGAAACUGCUUUAAAGAUUCUCAGUGGAUAUGAGGUAUAUUUGUAUGUGAGAAGGCAUAACUUCAGUCUUCGCUUGUGAGAGAUUAAUGGGAAAACCGAAUAGUUGGCGAGGUUGCUAACCUACUCUUGCCCAAUUCCAGUUUUGUAUUAUUGUAAUCCUGGUCUGUUACCGUUGGUUUGGUUCAGUUAGUGUUGGUUUGAUUCCAUGGAAGAAGCAAUGAAAGAAUUGAAAAGGAAAGAAAAUGGAAAGAAAAACACCAUUUUAUCA